AUGGCGUCUGGGUCUAAUUCUGGGACCUCGGCAACACCGACUCAGCACCGUGCUUUCGGUGAUGGGAAGCCGUUCUCGAGGAGUCAGGAGGAGCAUUCUGGACCGGGGAGCUGGAAUGAUUCUAUAUCUCGAUCAACACGCAAUGGCCGCUCAGCUUCCGGGGGGAGCGCCUCCAUUGGUGCUCGAGGCGCAUCUGCCCAGGGCCCGGGUAGCUUCAGUUCUGAAUUGAAGAGCGUGACCAAUUCCAGGAGUGUAACACCCCGGCCAGAUGCGAUGUACUCCAGGGCAGCAGGGAAUGCUAUUGAUGAGGACGAACUCGUCAGCACCACCGAGCAGCGCCAGGCGGCCAUCCGAGACAAGAUUGCAAAGGAAUUGAAGAUCAGAGAUGGAACCGAGAAUAUGUUGGAGGCUUUGCUGGCCAAAAAUCCAAAGCAAACAAAGGAGCAGAGGCUGAGAGUGGAGUCCGAGUUGAGCUCGUCCAACCGCAAACUGGCAGAGCUCCAUCAUGAGCUGGAAGAAGAAAUACUCCGUGCUCAAGCCCCAUCAACGCCUCCGCGAAGUCGCCUUUCUGCUCUGUUCCGGAACAGUCCUAUGCGAUCUGCAUCGCGUGCAACUAAUUCUGUUGACGGUGAUCUGGAGGAUGGAGACGGUGAAACAGAGUCGCCAACCUACGUCCUUGCGGAAACCCUUCAGGCUCUGGAGGUUGAAGGAAUGGCGCCGGACUACUAUGUCGAACGGGCAAAUAGCUUGGUCGAAUUGUUCAAACGGCAUCCAACGUUAAAGUAUGAUCUGGAGUGGUCUGUUUUCGGCCAACGUGUCCAAAUGAUGCUCUUGAGUGAUAGCAAGGAGGUCGUCGCGGCUGGAUACCGUUUGACCCGCUAUGCUAUCGCCGAUCGAGCUUCCAUUCAGAUCAUCCGGUCACUGCAUACCGAUGAGCUAGUGAUUCUAUCCCUGGUAAAGGAGAGCAAAGCUAGCAUAGAGCGCGAGCAAGCUCUCAAGUUCAUCAGAGCCUUCUUGGAUGUCAAAGAUGGAGUUUAUGAGAUUUCCCGUGCUGUAGUUCGGGCCAUAGUGUCCGUGGCUGAGCAUCAGGAGGAUCGCUUGAAGAACAUAUCCAUCAUGACCCUUGCGGAAAUCUUGGUCAAAGACCCGUCCUUACUUGCCCACGCCGGAGGCAUCGGUGCCUUGCACGACGCUCUGGCGGAGGGGACCUUUGGCGCGUCGGAGAGUUUGAUGAACAGCUUUCUACACAUCAUGGAUUCACCGCACCGACGGAAGUAUUUGCAAGGUGGUCGUGAAUUAGAAGCCGUUCUCACUCCGUUUACCGACUCUUUCUCGGACACAAUCCAAACUGGGCGACUAAAGUGCUCGGCAAAAGCGAUCUCGGCAAUGUUGAAGACAUGGCCAGGACUGCUGAUUCUAGCUAGAAAUAAAGCAAAGCCUCUCCAGUCUCUCCUUGAGUCGCUCAACUAUCCUGAUUCACAAGCACGGGAUCUGAUCUUGGAGCUUCUGUUCGAUGCGCUUCGCAUAAAACCACCGUCAUGGUCGUCGUCUUUUCUCGCUGGCAGGCGGCUUACAACUUACGGUCGCGUUACGAAUCUCCGUUCCGAGUCGGAUACUAAGCAGUUGCGUUUUCUCUCAGAGAACGACAAAAACCGAUUCGACCUGACAGCCCAUUUCUCUGCCCUGGUAUUGGCGACGUUGCUCGAGGCGGGACUAGUCAAGGCUCUCUCCGACCUCAUUGAAGUGGAGUCCAAUAUGUCUCUGAAGCGAAAAGCUACUUUGCUCCUGACAGAAGUACUGAAGCUAGCCCAACAUUCACUUCCCCGGUCUAUCAGCGCCAAUCUUCAGGUGCUUCCAGACUUACUUCCACCGGCCAUCAGGUUUGACGCGGACAACCAUGAAAUCUCUACAUCGACGAUCUAUCAGAUCGAAAGCAUCAAUCGGAUCCUGGCCAGGUCUGGCGGUUUUUCAAAUGCACCAGGUAGAUACUCGGUUGUCGAUGAAGAUAUAUCUGCGUCGUUGUUAUCUGGAGAACCAGCAAGGAACCGACUGAACCCCGCCAUGGAUGAGACACAGUUCAGAAAUCUCGUUCUGGAAACGCACGUGCUGAACACUGUCAAUUACGUCAAGUGGAAAUGGGACUUGAUCCUCCAGAUCAUCGAAGGUCCUCUAACGAAUCCGAAAAGAUUGGAAGAAGCCAUCAAGGGAUCAAAGUUCAUGAAGCGCCUCUUCGCAUUCUACAGACCCUUCAAGUACAGGUUUUCCAUGAUUCCCAACACCAAACCGAACCAGCGCUACGUGCGAACUGGGUGUGCUCUGCUGCGUACAUUGAUGCAGAGCCCUGAAGGCACAAAAUACCUCGCCGACAACAAAUUGCUUAGGCAAAUUGCCGAGUGUCUCGCUCAAGUGGACCGGAUGAGUGGGCUCACUUCUUCCUCCCCCCUGUUCUCCCGCGAGCAGAUGGCCAACACGCUAAGUGGUGGCUAUUUUGCUCUGCUGGGUGUUCUGAGCGGCGAUCCCAAUGGACUUUCCAUGAUGGAAAGAUGGCAUAUGCACAAUAUGUUCUACCACAUCAUCGAACUCAACGAUCGAAGCGACCUAGUGCAGGCCCUUCUCGGGAACUUGGACUUUAGUCUCGAGAGCCACCUGAGAGUCCUCUUGUCCAAAGCCCUCACUGCUGGACCCAAAGAUAUUCGCCUCUUCGCAACGAAGCUUUUACGAAAAUAUGCUGUUGGUAACCAUAUUUCGUCGAAUAACGCAGGAAUUAGCAAUGUAGAUUGGGUGGUGAAGCUGCUCGUAACCCAGCUUUAUGAUCCCGACGUGGCUGUGUGCGAAGUUGCAGUGAAGAUCCUCGAGGAAGCGUGCAAUCAACGUGACUGUCUUGAAUAUGUGGUCAAAUGCCGGCCAUCCCUUGAUCACCUCGGCGAGAUCGGCGCUCCUCUUCUCCUCCGGUUUCUGUCAACCUCGGUGGGAUACCAUUAUCUCGAUGGGCUGGACUACAUCACGCAAGAGAUGGACGACUGGUUCCUAGGGAGAAAUGAUGCUUAUGUUGCCCUUGUGGAGGCAUCUCUGUCUCGAGCCUAUGUGGAUCACCCUCGUAGGAACAGUUUUGCUCCGGAAGACAUAGUAGAACUGCAGGAUAUUGGCGUGGUGCCACCACAUUUCUACAGGGAACUUGCCCGCACCGCCGAGGGUUGCAAACUUCUUGAGCAAUCCGGCCACUUUCAAGAAUUCUCAAACACAAUUCGUGAAUUCCGGUUGGAUGAAGAAGACCCGGAAACGCUUUUGAAAGUCAAGGGUUGUCUCUGGGCAGUGGGAAAUGUUGGCUCCAUGGAAUUGGGAGCUCCUUUUCUGGAGGAGACCGAGAUUGUCCAGCACAUUGUCAGAAUUGCCGAGAAAGCUGAAGUGAUCACGAUGAGAGGCACGGCUUUCUUCGUUCUUGGUCUGAUUUCACGCAGCCAGCAUGGCCUUGAGAUGCUGAUCGAGGCCGGUUGGGACGCCGUAGUCGACCAAAGAGGCGACUCUCUGGGGUUAUGUCUCCCUCGGGACCUGAGCAAGCUCUUCACUCUAUCCUUCCCCCCCUACGUUCGCGAUCAUGAACUCGAACGGACUUUUCGAGAGAAGUUCAAAGCGGCGACCUCUGAUCCAGAUCCUAUUAAGCAAAAGAUAUUGAAGUCGAUAGCCGAUAUGGGUAACACUGUCUUGUCCAAAAGAGCCGCAUCGGAACUUCAUAGCCUCAAAGCGAAGCAUCCCGAUUAUUUCCGCCAGGUCGACCUAUUCCGGAAGACGCUCACCAUUCUUGAGAGCCAACACUUCCGGCUGCCCGCUCGACGCUUCGCCUUGGAUCUGUUUGACAAGAGCGUGAUGAGACGAGUCGUCCUUGAGGAGGACUCUUGCUCCGAUUCAGACAGCACUUGA